UGUUAUAUUUGGUUUUCAUGAAUUGAUAGGAACGCAGCCAAAAGAACACCGAUAACCGUAAGAAACAGAAGACAAAACACAGAAUUGGAUCAAAAUCUUACUCGCAAGUAAGUUUUGAGAAGAGAAACCCGGAAACUGGAGAAGAGCCACAUUGUAUUACUCUGUGGGAACUCACCCACACGAAGAAUGGAACAUGGUCUAACACAGAGUCACAUGAUGUUUAUGACAAAGCAUGUGAAGAGGUUAAAAACAAAGAGACUGAAACUCAAGGUCCACUUUCAGAUGAGUAAAGACACAAUAUUUUCCAGACCACAUACAAAGGCACUCUGCAAUGCAAGUCAUCGCAGCCUCGUGGGUACGGAUAUAUGGCCAAACCGUCAACUGGUUCUGAAAGGAUUCGUAUACAGAUUGAAGAGCAAGCUCGUGCUACAGCAGCCUUCCAGCAGCGAAACUCUGAGCUCAGCCACCAGGUCAAUGAUUUACAAGAUCAACUACAAGCUGAGCGUGCAAACACACAAGAGAUUAUUAACUUGGAGUGCGCUGAGAGAGAACAACUUGAGGAAAAGUUAAAAGAAGAGCGUGCUGAAAGGGAAAGAUUGUUGGAAGCGGAGCGAACAUCAAGAUUGAAAUUUGAAAAAAACAUGAUGGCAAAGUUUGCAGAAUUCAGCAAACAGAUGGGAACCCAACAGGUGUUUACGAACAGGAUUGACAAAGAAAAUAGUAAUCCAAACUUCCAAAACACUCUUUUACAGAGACCUAGUCCUAAUAAGGCUGCAGGUGCAAGGCCAACUGUUAUUUCUUCAAAUGCGCUCAUACAUGCUUCAACAAGAAAUUCUCGAAUGUUUAAAGCAAUUGGUUUAAAUAACUAGCUGGACUGGACUCGAGAUGACGAAGGAUCCAAAAAACUACCUGGACUAGACUCGAGACCACACACAAUUUAUUCUAUGGCUGGGCAAGUUUCAUUUGAUGGUUUGCUAUGAGAAUUAUGAGUUUUAUGAAUCUAUUAUAUGUACGGUUUUGAAUAGUGUAAUUGAAUGCCAUAUUUUUUUAUGGUUGGAAUAGGCUAUUACCACCGAGCCAUUUUUGGUUGCCACAUGUUUGCACAACGAAAAAUAUAGUGUUGCAAUAGAGCACUUUAUAUUGUCACAA